AUGGACUCCGCUGAACUUGCUAGAAUUAUUCAAGAAAGGAUAGCAGUGGGUAUGCAACAAAAUACUUGGGCAGCAGCGGGAUUUACCCCUAAUACGUCGUUCACUCCGAAAGUUCUCUCGUAUCCUCUCCCGGAUAGGUUCAAGUAUCCUCGGAUAAAGGAGUACGAUGGGACAACCGACCCCAUCAAUCAUCUCAAUGCGUACACCAAUAUCAUGAACUUACAGGUUGCACCAGAUGCAGUGAUAUGCAAGACCUUCCCUCAGACCCUCACAAACGCAGCUAGAGAUUGGUUUUCCACAUUGGAACCCAACUCUAUUGCCCACUUCUCAGAUUUGGCCGAUAAGUUCUCCGCUUUCUUUGCAAGCAGCAAGCGAAUUAGAAAGACAGUCGCAUCACUCACACAGAUGCGUCAAAGACCCAACGAGACACUGAGCAAUUUCAUGACCAGGGUCAAUAAAGAAAGGCUUCAGAUGACCAAUCUACAUAUCACUGUCGCAGUCUCAUCUUUGACAUACGUCGUUAAGUGUGAAGCAUUCAAGAUGUCUUUGUCUAAGACCCCAUCGAAGUCCGUAACCGAGCUACUCACACGAGAUGAGAAAUAUAUCAAUAUGGAAGAAACCAUGGCCCCAAAAAGAGAAGUUUCCUCAUCAAGAAAGUUGGAUCAAAAAAGGCCGCAUGAGUCAAGUCUCAGACAAGAUGUACCUCGGGUCAAGCCAAGGCAGGGCCCCUCCUCAACAUCCUUUACCUGCUUGAACACCUCGAGGUCCAACAUUCUGAUGGAGAUCAAGGAUUUGAAGGAACUUAAGUGGCCUCCAAGAUUGCGAUCUCCACCCGAUACUUGUGAUAAGAGUAGCAAUGACAAGCGCCCAAUGAAUAAUCAGAAUAGUGACAAGGGUCCAGAGGGUCGGGGAAACAAGCAACCAACUGCAGAUACUAUCAAUAUUAUUGUCGGAGGAAUAGCCUCGAGGAGAGAUUCUAGUAGCAGGCGUAAACAAUAUGCCAGGCAGCCUCCAAUCAUCUCAAGAUCGGAUAUCGGCAUAUCAUUCCCUCAUGAUGAUGCUCUGGUCAUAUCGGCCAUCAUCCUCAACUUUGAAGUAAAGACAAUUCUGGUAGACAACGGAAUUGCAGCUGAUGUAUUAUCUCAUGAAGCCUUUAUUCAAAUAGGGAUCUCAUCGGAACAACUUAGGCCAGUGAAAACGCCUCUCCAAGGGUUUGGAGGUGGGGUCAUCACCCCGAAAGGUAUCGUUGGGUUGCCUUUUCGAAGUUGUCCGUACUCCAAUGGCCUACAACGCCAUAUUGGGAAGACCACCGCUUAA